CCAAAACGCCCGCUGAGAGGAGUUGGUCCGUCUCGUGUGUCUUCCUGUCGGGCAUCUCUCCUUCCUGCCAUUACCGAGUAUCAAUUUGGUCGCGACCCCUCGUGGAUCGAGCACACAUGUGAUCCCCCCAAGUUUAUAACUACAUCUAUGAAGGCCGAACCCCAAAUGAAUCGCACACACCCGCCUGUUCAUUCUACCAGAUGGCAGACCAGGACCCUGCCGACGUCUUCGCCUUUCCCGAUUUCAACCGGUCUUCAAACUGGCUAACCCUGUCACCGAAGCUGAAUAGCCAAUUCUUCCAUGUCGACUUAGAUCACGCCAGUCGACCGACUGAGGGCUACAUCGGCGUCAAGCCCGCCAACGCAGACGUCGACGGCUUCUUCAAGCUGCCCACUUCGCUACUCACUACAGACCUGGAUGGGACCGAGAAGGCUGAUGGUCUGCCCGCCGUCACCCCCGAACCGCUUCAUGAUGUCGAUUUACAGGAUCUUGACGUCUUUGAUGACUCGUGGCUUCAAAAAGAGGAGCCAGUCACUAAUGAGCCCGAGUAUAAAACCUGGGAUGGCUUCUUGAUGCCCGAUGUUGCCCAGGUGAUGCCGUUAUUCAUUACUGAGGCUGGCCCCGGGGCAUAUGACGCCGCAAUAAAGCGCAGCGGGGACCCUCUAGGGAUAGGAUGUACCGAAAGCAACGUGGUCCAGACUGGCCCCUAUCUUAUCGCCCUCCUAGGACUCGCAUUCGGUAGAGGGUCCAUCUUCUUCGUGUGGGAUGCGGAAAAGGCCAGCUUCACGCCAGGUUUGGAGGAUAUGAGAAUUUCCGGUUACUCUACAGGAGUGCUCCAGGGCCUUCAAGGACGCUGUCUGGACUGCGGGAAUACGACCCGUUUCCUCUCGGCGUAUGUUCAGCACACGUACAAGACGCAUCCUGGUGCAGUGGGCGUAGCGCUCGCAAAAUCCGUCGAUCUUAUUUUGCUCGCCGUGCAAAAGAUACUCGGAGGGAGAGUAAACAAAGUACGGUCUCUCCUGCAGCUACAAUCCCUCAUCGAGCCGAUUCAUUCGAUCCUGGUAUAUUUAAAAUCCUUGAUCGUCAAGGCCUCUCGAACCAAGACCGAUGAGCGGACGUUAUCGCUAAUCUUCGAGGAAACUCGGGCUCUAGAACAUGGCAAUGCGCUUCUCAAAGAGAUAAUGCGCGAAGUAUUGUCGCGGGUGUCAGAGCCGUGGGCCAACUUUGCGGAGAAGUGGAUGGGCGUAAGGGGCGAAGAAGGGGUUCCACUAACUAAAGAGAAUCCUGGGGGUGGUUUUGUCAAGGUGGAAAACGUCGCCGCCGUGGACGAUUCCGGGUUCGAGACCUACGAGACUGACUAUAUUCUCGACGACGGGCGUAUGCCGGAGUUCAUCCCCAGCGAUAUAGCCUUGGCCAUGUUUGAGACGGGUAAAACACUACGACUUCUUCGCGCAUAUCACCCAGAGCAUCCUCUUUGCCAGAUGGGGCUCAUUGCCGCUAGUAGGCCUCCUCCGCUCCGGUGGCAUUUCGAUUGGAACUCCAUCGGAAACUUUCAGGAGGAAGUAGAGAACUAUGCCAAGCGCCUACAAAAAGGUUUACAAUUUUGGUCUUCAAACCCAGACGCGAUACCUCAGCGCGCCGACCUAGUUGACAACUCGGUAGACGAGAGCUACGGCUUGCAUCUUUUUGGGCGCGAGGGGGCCCAACUUGAAAGAGAAUUGCUGGCCUCAAUCGAAGUCCUCAAUAGGCCCCCGGGCGCCACGGUCGAGGAAGAUAGCUUGUCCAGGUUGAUGGGCGCCCGACUGUUCGAGGACAAAAUUAUCAUCGAUGAAGUGAUCGCUGGGUUCUCGCCGCAUUGGUCCUUGAUACCGUACCAUUCUUUUGGGCCGCUCGUUGCGGCACAGGCACGGGUUAUCAACCGGGAGUAUAUGAAAUUACUCUUCGGCGUCCAUCGGUUACGGGACCACCUCUCCCUCCAAAAGCAGUUCCAUCUCCUUGGGAAUGGCGUGUUCUGUAGCCGCCUUUCUCAUGCGCUCUUCGACCCCAACCUCGAAACGGCCGAACGGCACGCAGGCGUCGCUAUGAGCGGUGGUGUGAUGGGACUUCGACUUGACGGAAGAGAGACGUGGCCGCCGGCGAGCUCGGAACUCCGACUUUCCUUGAUGGGCGUCCUCGUGGAAAGCUAUCUGCCACCCUCGUCGACAAGGGCCCGCCUGGUAGAAAAGAAACAUGACCUGCCAGGCGAUAUCAGCUUCGCGGUGAGGGAUCUUUCCAGCGAGGAAAUCGAUAAAUGCCUAAACCCUAGCUCGCUAGAAGCGCUAGACUUUCUCCGUCUUUUAUAUAAACCUCCUCCGUCCCUCAUGCCAGUAUUUACCCCCGUGAUCCUGCUGAAGUAUGACAGGAUAUUUAGGUUACUGCUUCGAGUGCUACGGAUGCAGCACGUGACGGAGCAGAUAUUCCGGGAUACCACUGCGAGGACGUCUAGGUGGCACAAUGUCGACAAUGCCGCGCGGCGAUUCCGUUUCGAGGCGCAACAUUUCGUCGCGAGCGUAAGCACGUAUUUCUUCGACGCGGGGAUCGAGACGCCGUGGCAGCGGUUCGAAAGUUGGCUUGAGGCUGUGCAACGCAAUCUCGCAAAACCCGACGAUAAGUCGGAGGGCAUCCGAAUUCUAAGCCCGGACGAGCUGCGCGGGGAACACGAGCGGAUGCUAGAUCGUAUUAUGCAUACGCUUCUCCUGCGAAAGCGGCAACAACCGGUGAUGAAGCUGCUCGAAGAUAUCUUCACAUCAAUCCUCAAGUUCUCCAAAGUAACGCACCUGAAAGCUGCAGACAAGGAGACGAAGGGAUCGUCGGCCAAGGCGCUCUACGCAACCUUUAGAAAGAAGGUGGAUGUUUUCAUUACGGUAUGUCGCGGUCUAAGCGAGAAAGGGGGGUACGCGGAGAAGCCCACCCCAAACGACGCGAUGACUGACGAUGGAGGAGGGGGCGAGGGGGUGAAGGGCGAGGGGGUGAAAGACGAGAACACGAUUGAUCGCCUCUUAAUCAAGCUUGAGAUGUCGGGCUACUACGGUCACACAAGGGGUUAAAAUAAAAUAAAAACCAUGAAUGUCAAGAUACCCUAGAUGAGUGGUCCCUUAUUUUCUCCUCCGUGAGGCAUGGUUUUACAUAGUGAGGCCUGUAUACCUAAAGUUCAGCCUCGGAGGGAUCUGGAGCUAUCGUAACCCCCUUAAUUCGCCCCCCUGAGGCUAUUGCUUACAUAACAAUACCCCACCUGCCACCCAACUCAUCGCGUUCCCGGCGCGGCAAUGCCUGGCGCCGCGGGGUAGCAGCUGUCGCCAAG